AUGUCUUGGUCGUGUCCCGCGUGUGUGAAGAACCGGCAUCGAUCUCACUCUAGUCACACGCUUGGUCCUGAUUGUCAGUGGGCCAUAGCAACCACCAGAAGUGAAGGUGCCAGGAAACAUCGUACGGGACAUCAUCCUAGGGAUCCGAUAGUUAAGGCAUCUGGUGAGCCCACUAGUUCGUUGAGGGUUGAUCUCAAGAGUGCUGAUGCACCAUCUCUCGCCGACCGAGGCAUUGAACCUGAAUCUCUGUCACCUGAAGAAGCAGCAAGGCGUAGAAAAGACAAGUCGCUGUCUGCGACACCAGUGCCUCCAGCGACAUCACUGCCUUUGACUCCAAAACCGCUUUCGAUAGCGCCCGGACCGCCCGGAACUCCAACUCCGGGAACUCCUGGUGGAACUACCAAGAGACGCGUUGAUGCGUCCACCCAAGCUGAUACCCCGGAAUCUCGCGUAGUUCCAGCUGAUGCUAUUGGUCCAUCCGUUGAAAAAGAGGAGUCUGAAGUUGCGGAACCUUCAUGGAGUCAACAUGACCUAGGCGCAGUUCUUCAACAGUUGAAGAGCCUCAGGCCGGGUAUUGUUCGCCGUGCAUUAAGAAGACUCCAUAUCCGUUGGUUUCAUUGUAGCGCCUCUCGCAUGAAAAUGCUGCUCACAGCCGCCGGUGUGAAGCCAGAUAUUUUGGAACUAGUGGACGAAAUAGUAAACGCAUGUUCAAUAUGUUGUGGCGUUCUCUUUCGCUCUCUUGGAGGAAUGGAAGACUUUUGUGAAGAAACGGAGGUUCUCGAGAUGUUGAAGCCAGGAUUUGGAUUGAAAGAUGCUCCUAGACUUUGGAACAAAGCAUUGCGCAAGGUGCUUGGUAUCAUUGGUGUUCGUGCAAUUGCCACUGACAACCAGCUCUACGUUAAACAUGAUAGCAAGGGAGUGUUGAUUCUUGCGAUCUCAGUCCAUGUGGACGAUCUCAAACUGACGGGCAUAGUCACUGAAAUGUUGAGAGCCAAGAAAGUCUUGGAAGAUCACUUUGAUGAGUUAAAAUGUGAAUCAGGUUCUUUUGAGCAUUUGGGUCUAGCACAUUCGUUUGCAGAUGGUCGGUGGUCUGUCGACCAAUCCCACUAUGCCAAGGAACUCAAACUCAUUCCUGAGUCAGAUCUUCGUUUGCACCCUGACGACUUGGCAAGUGCAGAAGUUGCCAAACUCUACAUGAGUCUUCUAG